AUGUCCACAUGUAGCCAGCUGUGUGGUAGUACCGGAGCUAAAGGAGGACACCUGCCUCUCAUCUCCCUCAAGGUCCUGCCUGACUUUGCCUCCAACGACCUGCUCAACCCCUGUGGUAAACAAACAUCCCCCACUACACUACCACCACUACUACCAUUAUGUCCUUUAGCCAGGGCUACAUCUAGUCUUACAAUAACAGCCAUUAUAAAAGUCGUGUUCGUGUUAGAUUGUGAUCUACAUCGUUAGCAGUUCUGUAAUGUUCUCUCCUCUUUAUGAGGAAAGGAGAUAUCAUGCCUUGUUGGGUGCCUUUAUGGAAAUCGUAACAGUGCUGGUUACCAUAUUUGUAAUGUCUGUCUGUGUGUUGUGUGACUCUACCAGGAGGGAUAGACGUGAUGAUGAGGACUGUCUCCAGCCCGUCUCCAGAGCUUGAUCCUGGGCUGAGCAGCAGGAAACGCUCCCAACUCACAUGGGUCCACCUGUCCCGCUACUACAAACACCUGUUCAACCUGCAGCACAUCGCCAUGCGCCCAGGUACACUACACAGAGCUGUGUGUGUGUGUCACAGUAAAUCAUUUUGUUAACUGACGUUCAGAGAUGUUUAUCUCUGUGUGUGCCUGCGUGCUUGCCUACGUGUGUGUGUGUGUGUGUUCCAGUGGUGCCCCAGUGUGUGGAGGGCCUGGUGUCCCAGUCAGAAGACAGUAGUUUGGCGCUGAGGUUGGUUCAGCUCCAGACCUUCUUCUGUUCCCACAUGGUGGCCUACAGAGAGUCCUGCUGCGCCCCUGAACCACCCACUGAAAUCAUCAUGCAGCCACAGAUUAUACAGGUACACACACUAAUAGACAGUAUGGGCUGAAUCCUAAAGAGAUGCAUGCAUAUACUGUACCAUGGCUUGUAUUGGGAUGUUUAUUCAAGUUAGCCCUGGCUUCUUCACCUUGAAUCUGAAGGCUGCCUUCUGGGGUUAUCCACAGUUGAGGUGUGAAUUGAAUGCUGUUGUAUGUUGAUGCUGUUUGUGUGUGUGUGUGUGUUAAAGAUGUGUCCCACAGUGAGAGGCACUAUGGGAGCUCAGAUGUACCCCUGGUCCUUUGCUGACAGGAAGCAGCUGUGUAUCCAGUGGCACCGGCCUGCUCUCAGCCCCACCCAGGAAGACACGGACACGGUACAAUACACAACACACACACACUCUUCAUCCAACCACACACAGUCAUCAACCAUAAAAUUAGCUAGCCUGGUCUCAGAUCUGUUUGUGCUAUCUUACCAACUCCUAGUCACUUAUUGUCACGCCAAACAGGUUGGUAACCACUGCCUUACAGGGUUGUCUUUGACAGUGUUUCUCCGUUUCUCUCUGUGUUCGUCAGGUCAUGCUGCUGUUUGGUCUGAACAAAGUGCCACUGUCGGCCAUGAGGGCAACAGCCUGCGCUGUCAUAGAGCUGCAGUGUGGACAGAAACUCGUCAGCAUGGCAAAGUAGGUAACUGCUUUCCAUGUACAGCAGCCUAGGUGCUAGGGGCGAGAUGGAGCUAUCACCAUAUUGUAGCGUCUAACGAGUGGCUAAUAUGGUUAGUUUAGGAGCUGGAAGUUGAUAUGGGACUGGCCACAUCUGUAUCCAUUCUCUCUGUAAUAAUUCUUACAGUAUCUAAAAUAAAAAAUAAAUAUGCCAUUUAGCAGACGCUUUUAUCCAAAGCGACUUACAGUCAUGCGUGCAUACAUUUUUGUGUAUGGGUGGUCCCGGGGAUCGAACCCACUACCUUGGCGUUACAAGCGCCGUGCUCUACCAGUUGAGCUACAGAGGACCACAUGAUGCAUGUCCUACCUUGCUUCAAAGUAGCAUUGCCAAAAUCCAACCAAACAUUCAGGCAAUUAUUUUAUAAAGACUUCCAUAUGCCAUUGAAACCAGUAGCCUUUUUAUCUCAUGUUCUAUUAUUGGUUUUCAAAUCAACCUUCUUUCACUGUCCAGUAGCCAAAGGCACAAUCCUGGUCAUAUUAGCAACCAUGCUAGUUGUUGCAUAUUUAGAUCUCCCCCUCUUUCUAAGUUUGUAAUGGAUAUUGACAUCUCUGUCACAUGAAACUGCUCACAAUUGUAUCUCUUACAGUAUCUCUCCCUAAACCAUUUUGUCUUAUCUACUUCAGUUGAAUUCACUAACCGUAUUUAACUAUGAAGAACAGCAUCUAAAUUAAAUGAAUCUUAUAUAGCUAACUAAAUGUAAUGUAACCUCUGUGACCACCAGCACCACCCCAUGUGUUCUUCUCUAGACUGUGCACGGUCCAUGCUCAGCUGGCCUCAGCCUGUGUUGGGGGUAACAUCUCCUCUCCGCCUGCUGCCAGUAGCGCCCCCUCCUCCCCCAGCCCCAAGAUGGAGAGGCAACGCCGCACCAAGAUCCCAGACAAGGCUGUUACCUCCAGCCCUCACAUACAGGUCUGUGUGGUACUGGUUACGGCUCUGACACGCCUUAUUCCAUGCCUUAUAUCCACAUUCACACAUGUUAACAGUGAUGGAAAAAGCACUCAAUUGUCAUACUUGAGUAAAAGUAAAGAUACCUUAAUACACUGAACAAAAAUAAACGCAACAAUUAAAAUAAAUUCAUUAGGCCCUAAUCUCUGGAUUUCACAUUACUGGGCAUACAGAUAUGCAUCUGUUGGUCACAGAUACCUUUUUUUAAUUAAAGUAGGGGCGUGGAUCAGAAAACCAGUCAGUAUCUGAUGUGACCACCAUUUGCCUCAUACAGCGUGACACAUCUCCUUCGCAUAGAGUUGAUCAGGCUGUUGAUUGUGGCCUGUGGAAAAUUGUCCCACUCCUCUUCAAUGGUUGUGCGAAGUUGCUGGAUAUUGGCGGGAACUGGAACACGCUGUCAUACACGUCCAUCCAGAGCAUCCCAAACAUGCUCAAUGGGUGACAUGUAUGGUGAGUAUGCAGGCCAUGGAAGAACUGGGACAUUUUCAGCUUCUAGGAAUUGUGUACAGAUCCUUGCGACAUGGGGCCGUGCAUUAUCAUGCUGAAACAUGUGAUGAAUGGCACGACAAUGGGCCUCAGGAUAUCGUCACGGUAUGUAUAAAAUGCAAUUGUGUUCGUUGCCCGAAGCUUAUGCCUGCCCAUACCAUAAGCCCACCACCACGGGGCACUCUGUUCACAACGUUGAUCACACGAAGCCAUACACGCUGUCGGCAACCUGCCUGAUACAGUUGAAACCGGAAUUCAUCCAUGAAGAGCAUACUUCUCCAGUGUGCCAAUGGCCAUCGAAGGUGAGCAUUUGCCCACUGAAGUCGGUUACGACACCGAACUGCAGUCAGGACAAUGAGCACGCAGAUGAACUUUCCUGAGACGGUUUCUGACAGUUUGUGCAGACAUUUUACGGUUGUGCAAACCCACAGUUUCAUCAGCUGUCUGGGUGGCUGGUCUCAGACGAUCCCGCAGGUGAAGAAGCCGGAUGUGGAGGUCCUGGGCUGGCGUGGUUACACAUGGUCUGUGGUUGUGAGGCCAGUUGGGCGUACUGCCAAAUUCUCUAAAACAACGUUGGAGAGAAAUGGUAGAGAAAUGAACAUUCAAUUAUCUGGCAAAAGCUCUGGUGGACAUUCCUGCAGUCAGCAUGCCAAUUGCACGCUCCCUCAACUUGAGACAUAUGUGACAUUGUGUUGCGUGACAAAACUGCACAUUUUAGAGUGGCCUUUUAUUGUCCCCAGCACAAGGUGCACCUGUGUAAUGAUCAUGCCGUUUUAAUCAGCUUCUUGAUAUGCCACACCUGUCAGGUGGCGGAUUAUCUUGGCAAAGGAGAAAUGCUCACUAACAGAGAUGUAAACACAUUUGUGCACAUUUGAGAGAAAUACUGUAAGCUUUUUGUGGUUAUGGAACAUUUCUGGGAUCUUUUAUUUCAGCUCAUGAAACAUGGGACCAACACUUUACAUCUUGAGUUUAUAUUUUUGUUCACUAAUGAAGGUGUGGCGGAGGUGUGUCUACAGAUACACUGUAUUCAAACCUUGACUUAAUUCCCUAAUAAUUCCACCAACUUUACGAGUGAAUAAAGUCUAGCGAACCUACCGAUUCCAAAUGGAAAAAAUAUAGAAAUAAACACCAUUCUCCAUGAACUGUAAUUUAUAACUUGAUAAGAGCUGUUGGUAAGAGCUAGGUAAAUGAGUGAUCUGUUUGGAUAAGGGAAUUGUAAAUAUUAAUGACACUUGUUUUAGAUAUAUUUUACCUUAUUGCUGGAGACAAAUGUGAAACCAGUCAUAUGGCAGCAAACUGAAGCAUAUCAACAUUCCCACAAUAAAGUUUAUGAAAUGCUGUGUCAUUAUGCAGAAUUUAAAUUGUACAGCCUAUUAACUUGCAUGGAUGGGCACUCUCGAAUGUCUACGCUGACUUUCUCUGUUUCCUAUUUCCAUCAUGUUAAAUAUCACUAUCAGUAUCAACUGUCAGUAGGCAUAAUAAUAACACAUAUUCAACUGCCAAUUUACUGGUACACUACAUGGUAUGUGGACACCAUUUCAAAUUAGUGUUUUUGGCUAUUUCAGCCACACUGGUUGCUGACAGGUGUAUAAAAUCGAGCACACCGCCAUUCAAUCUCCAUAGACAAACAUUGACAGUAAAAUGGCCCGUACUAAAAAGCUCAGUGACUUUCAACGUGGCACCGUCAUAGGAUGCCACCUUUCCAACAAGUCAGUUCGUCAAAUUUCUGCCCUGCUAGAGCUGCCCCGGUCAACAGGCCUUUAUGGUAGAGUGGCCAGACGGAAGCCACUCCUCAGUAAAAGGCACAUGACAGCCUGCUUGGAGUUUGCUAAAAGACCCCUAAAGGACUCUCAGACCAUGAGAAACAAGAUUCUCUGGUCUGAUGAAACAAAGAUUGAACUCUUUGGCCUGAAUGCCAAACGUCACGUCUGGAGGAAACCUGGCACCAUCCCUAUGCUGAAGCAGGGUGGUGGCAGCAUCAUGUUGUGGGUAUGUUUUUCAGCAGCAGGGACUGGGAGACUAGUCAGGAUCGAGGGAAAGAUGAACAGAGCAAAGUGCAGAGAGAUCCUUGAUGAAAACCUGCUCCAAAGCGCUCAGGACCUCAGACUGGGGUGAAGGUUCACCUUCCGACAGGACAACGACCCUAAGCAUACAGCCAAGGCAACGCAGGAGUGGCUUUCGGGACAAGUCUCUGAAUGUCCUUGAGUGGCCCAGCCAGAGCCCAGACUUAAACCCGAUCGAACAUCUCUGGAGAGAAAAUAGCUGUGCAACGACACUCCUCAUCCAACCUGACAGAGCUUGAGAGGAUCUGCAGAGAAGAAUGGGAGAAACUCCCCAAAUACAAGUGUGUCAAGCUUGUAGCGUCAUACCCAAGAAGACUCGAGGCUGUAAUCGCUGCCAAAGGUGCUUCAACAAAGUACUGAGUAAAGGGUCUGAAUACUUACCGUAUUGGUCCGAAUAUAAGACGGCCUUUUUUCCCCUCGAAAUAGGUCCAAAAAAGUCGGGUCGUCUUAUAUUCGGGGUCUAGUAUUCAGAGCGCAGUUUCUCUUCUUCGGCGCUCCCUUUAAAUGUCAAUACACAUUCGCGGGCACAGAUGGCGCCAAAAAUUCGUUCCGGACGGAGGGAAGAGGCGUCCUUAACAACCAGCCCGUUACCGGUGUUUAAAGAUGGAAAGACAGGCUGACCAUUUAGAGACAAGUGGCUCAAAAGUGGGCCAGGUCAAUAAACAACAGCGGAGGAGCUAUGAUGCCAAUUUCAAAAUAAUGGUUGUCAAUAAGGCAGAGUCAUCUAACAACUGCCAAGCUGCCAAGACAUUCGGGGUCACUGAGUGUAAUGUAAGAAGAUGGCGAGCAGAAAAACAACGUCUAAAAGAUGCUAACAGUCAGCGAAAAUCCUUCCGUGGUCCUCAAAGUGGUCGUUUCAUUGAGGUUGACCGGAGGGUUUUUGAAUAUGUCAGGGAAAAAAGAAGUGAGGGAAUGCCCAUUACCAGAGCUGUCAUCCAGGUUAAGGCCCUGGAAAUCGCCAGAGAGCUCAACAUCACUGGAUUUAAAGCCAGCCUCGGCUGGUGUCGUAGGAUGAUGCGGCGUAAUGGACUGUCACUUAGACGGAGAACGAGUUUGGCCCAACGCCUGCCGUCAGACUUCGGAGAGAAGCUGCUUUCGUUUCAGCGCUUUGUUAUCAACCUGAGGAAGAAGCACUCCUACCCGCUGGAUCAGAUCGGCAAUGCUGAUCAGACACCCGUUUAUUUCGACAUGCCAACAUCGGUGACUGUCAAUAGAAAGGGAGAAAAGUCUGUGUUGGUGAAAUCAACGGGCAACGAGAAGAGCCGCGUCACUGUCAUGUUGACAUGUCUCGCUGGUGGCAGCAAACUCCCCCCGUAUGUCAUUCUUAAGCGUAAGACUGUGCCAAAGGACCCAAUGCCAGCUGGCAUUAUUGUGCGCGCCCAGGAGAAGGGCUGGAUGGAGUCGGGGCUUGUAGUGGACUGGCUAAAGGUUGUGUGGGGCGCACGCUACGGGGGACUGAGGAAGAGGAGGAACAUGCUCGUUCUGGAUGCGUUCCGCGGACAUCUGACUGAGCCCGUGAAAAGUCAGGUGCGAGCAAUGAACGGGGAUCUUGUGAUCAUACCAGGGGGAAUGACAAGCCAGCUACAGGUGUUGGACGUAGUUGUGAACAAGCCUUUCAAGGAUAACCUGCGAAAAAAAUACACAGAGUGGCUCCUGUCUGGCAACCACGCACUCACACCGACCGGGAAAAUACAGAAGCCGUCAGUCCGUCUACUGUGUGAAUGGAUCCUGCAUGCAUGGGAUGCUAUUCCCUCACAGAGCAUCAUCGAUGGCUUUAAAAAAUGUUGCAUCUCAAAUGCAUUGGACGGCAGCGAGGACGACGUGCUUUGGGAGGAGCCGGUGGAAGCGGAGCAGCUGGGGAGCGAUGACAGCGAGAGCGAACACAGCGGGCAGAGGACGUGUGUGAGGGAUAGAGAGACAUCGGAGGAGAAGUUUGGCGAAUUUUUGUUAAGUUUAGUUAAAUGUGUGGCCUGUAUUUUCUCUGUUAUUUAAAAAUGUUGCUUUAUUAUUGCUUGAUAUUAAUUUUGAAUCAUACUGUACAUAGUUUGCCUUUGUGUUUAAUUCACUGUGUUUUUAAUAUUGUUAUUUUAAAAUAAAAUGAAGUUCUUUGUUCGGCAAAUCUAGUCUGCAAAUCUGUUUUUCUAAAUGUUUGUGUUGAAAAACGGGGGGUCGUCUUAUAAUCAGGGUCGUCUUAUAUUCGGACCAAUACGGUAUGUAAAUGUGAUAUUUCCGUUUUUUAUUUUGAAUACAUGUGCAAAAAUUUAUAAAAACCUGUUUUUGCUUUGUUAUUAUGGGGUAUUGUGUGUAGAUUGAUGAGGGGGGGGGGGGGGGGGGGACAAUUUAAUCCAUUUUAGAAUAAGGAUGUAACCUAACAAAAGGUGGAAAAAGUCAAGGGGUCUGAAUACUUUCUGAAUGCACUGUAUAUUUUGUGCGUCAAGGCUCUCCAAACCAGUUUUUUUAAUGAUUCAUACAUACUUUCCUAACCUUAAAAUUUGCCUAAAUAAUCUACCAGUUGGUGUUGGAACUAUAUUUAGAUGGAUUUCUUUCAGUGAUCCCUAUUUUCUGAACCCGUUCUCUCGAUGUAUUCUAGUCUGUCGACACAAUUCUAAUUAAAAGGUAUACCGUAUUUCAAGGGAUGGCUUAAGAUACAUUUACAAAAAACCCUAUUUAAUGAAAACUCCACAAGAAAAUAUGUUGGCCAGCAAGUGGGAGGGUUUUCAGUGGUUGAAUGACAUUUAUUUAGUUUGCGCAAGGGAACCAUGCCUGCAAAGCCCGUUACGCACCUUCAUAAGGUAAGUAUGAAUACAAACUGCUGAGAAGUGCAUAGGAAAUUGGAAUCGGGCCCAAUAUGCAUAGUAUUUUUGAAGGGGGUCUGAAUACUUUCCGAAUGCACUGUAUUAUUAUAUCUGACUAACAUUUUAGAACCUUAUAGUCCCACGGUCUCGAUUUGUAAUUGAACAAGUCAUUGCAUAUAUAUAUAUAUAUAUAUACAGUGGGGAGAACAAGUAUUUGAUACACUGCCGAUUUUGCAGGUUUUCCUACUUAAAGCAUGUAGAGGUCUGUAAUUUUUAUCAUAGGUACACUUCAACUGUGAGAGACGGAAUCUAAAACAAAAAUCCAGAAAAUCACAUUGUAUGAUUUUUAAGUAAUUAAUUUGCAUUUUAUUGAAUGACAUAAGUAUUUGAUCACCUACCAACCAGUAAGAAUUCCGGCUCUCACAGACCUGUUAGUUUUUCUUUAAGAAGCCCUCCUGUUCUCCACUCAUUACCUGUAUUAACUGCACCUGUUUGAACUCGUUACCUGUAUAAAAGACACCUGUCCACACACUCAAACAGACUCCAACCUCUCCACAAUGGCCAAGACCAGAGAGCUGUGUAAGGACAACAGGGAUACAAUUGUAGACCUGCACAAGGCUGGGAUGGGCUACAGGACAAUAGGCAAGCAGCUUGGUGAGAAGGCAACAACUGGAAGAAAAUGGAAGAAGUUCAAGAUGACGGUCAAUCACCCUCGGUCUGGGGCUCCAUGCAAGAUCUCACUCGUGGGGCAUCAAUGAUCAUGAGGAAGGUGAGGGAUCAGCCCAGAACUACACGGCAGGACCUGGUCAAUGACCUGAAGAGAGCUGGGACCACAGUCUCAAAGAAAACCAUUAGUAACACACUACACAGUCAUGGAUUAAAAUCCUGCAGCACACGCAAGGUCCCCCUGCUCAAGCCAGCGCAUGUUCCAGGCCCGUCUGAAGUUUGCCAAGUGACACUGAUGAGACAAAAAUAGAGCUUUUUGGUCUAAACUCCACUCGCCGUGUUUGGAGGAAGAAGAAGGAACCCCAAGAACACCAUCCCAACCGUGAAGCAUGGAGGUGGAAACAUCAUUCUUUGGGGAUGCUUUUCUGCAAAGGGGACAGGACGACUGCACCGUAUUGAGGGGAGGAUGGUUGGGGCCAUGUAUCGCGAGGUCUUGGCCAACAACCUCCUUCCUCAGUAAGAGCAUUGAAGAUGGGUCGUGGCUGGGUCUUCCAGCAUGACAACGACCCGAAACACACAGCCAGGGCAACUAAGAAGUGGCUCCGUAAGAAGCAUCUCAAGGUCCUGGAGUGGCCUAGCCAGUCUCCAGACCUGAACCCAAUAGAAAAUCUUUGGAGGGAGCUGAAAGUCCAUAUUGCCCAGCGACAGCCCCGAAACCUGAAGGAUCUGGAGAAGGUCUGUAUGGAGGAGUGGGCCAAAAUCCCUGCUGCAGUGUGUGCAAACCUGGUCAAGACCUACAGGAAACGUAUGAUCUUUGUAAUUGCAAACAAAGGUUUCUGUACCAAAUAUUAAAGUUCUGCUUUUCUGAUGUAUCAAAUACUUAUGUCAUGCAAUAAAAUGCAAAUGAAUUACUUAAAAAUCAUACAAUGUGAUUUUCUGGAUUUUUGUUUUAGAUUCCGUCUCUCACAUUUGAAGUGUACCUAUGAUAAAAAUUACAGACCUCUACAUGCUUUGUAAGUAGGAAAACCUGCAAAAUUAGCAGUGUAUCAAAUACUUGUUCUCCCCACUGUGUAUGUGUAUAUAUAUAUAUAUUUUAAUUGUUUUACUUGAUUUGAAAAGAAGCGUGUGACUUGACUUGCUCUUAGAAUGUACGACUUGGACUUGACUCGACCCCUUCUACUUGGGAUUCGACUUGAGACUCAGACCUUGUGACUUGCUUGUAACUCUAAUAAUAGUGACUUAGUACUCAAGGGAUAUUCAAAGUGGAACGUGCCGUUAAGCACCUAAAGAGUUGUCAAUGCACCACACUGUCAGCAGCACUUAUGUAAUCGGACAUCAUGGGAGAGCUCAAGACCGAGAUCUCUGUCAGAUUUUCUUAUAGUUGUUUCAGUUGUUUUAGUAAAUUGAAUCGUGUAUUUUGCAAUUAACAAUGUCUUAUUUUUUAAUCACAUUAUUAUUUGGCCUUUGUAGUUCAGCAGCCUAUAUUGAAAUGUAACUGUUCAACCAAAAAUGUGUAGAGGAGAAAUGCAUACACAUUAUGAUAAUAAAGAAAGAUGUAUAAAUAAUGUCCAAGUGAACUAUCGAAAUGUCUGAUGAAUGCAAAAAAAAAAGUAUCAAAGGAACAUUGUCCAUAAAUCAAAACCAAAAUGUAGGCAGCUUUAUGAAACAAAAUAUACAGUUUGUUUGGAAAGUAUUCAGACCCCUUGACUUUUUCCACAUUUUGUUACGUUACAGCCUUAUUCUAAAAUGGAUUUUUAAAAAUAUAUACAUUUCUCAUCAAUCUACACACAAUACCCCAUAACGACAAAGUAAAAACAGUUUUUGUUUUUGUUUUUUGCGAAUGUCUUGCAUGAAGAAUUGCAUGAAAUGCGUUUAUGAAAGGCCAACAUUUUCCCGGACCCUAGGCUACUAUACAUUUUCCCCAUGUGUGCACUUCUGUAAGUGCCUCUAAUCUAUGCUCUAUGCCACUACGCAAAUGCGAUGAUAUGAUGCAAUGCUUUAUAAUCAGCCCAGAACUCACCGGCAGGACCUGGUCAAUGACCUGAAGAGAGCUGGGACCACAGUCUCAAAGAAAACCAUUAGUAACACACUACACAGUCAUGGAUUAAAAUCCUGCAGCACACGCAAGGUCCCCCUGCUCAAGCCAGCGCAUGUCCAGGCCCGUCUGAAGUUUGCCAAUGACCAUCUGGACGAUCUAAAGGAGGAAUGGGAGAAGGUCAUGUGGUCUGAUGUCAAAACUAUGAAAUAACACAUAUGGAAUCAUGUAGUAACCAAAAAAGUGUUAAAAAAAUUAUUCAAAGUAGCCACCCUUUGCCUUGAUGACAGCUUUGCACACUCUUGGCAUUCUCUCAACCAGCUUCAAGGGGUCUGUCAUGAAAAAUAAUUGUAACUUUUUCCAAUGUACAAUUUUUUAUAAAAACGAUCAAAGAUCAUUCGAGUUGCCUCUUCGUUUAUUCUCCUGCCCCCACAAAAAAAGUUGAUUUGGGUUGGGCCGGCCCGGAUUCAUGAUUUGAGACCAACGCAUGGCCGUGGCUGUGUGAGAAGCGUGCCAGUAUCGCUCACAUAACUAGAAUGAGUUUCACUUUCUAUGAUCUCUCGCCCUCUCUGCUCUGAUAGACAUGAGCCUGCAACUCUUAUCUCUCCAGCGUUGUACUUCAUCAUGUAUUUCCUUAUAGAAUCAUAGCUGCGUGAAGAGUUCUGGAGGAACUGCAGCACCCCUGAUAAAUGUAAAUACAUUUGCCAAAGUUUUAGAAUGGUUGCGGUCUGUUCAGAAAUAAAUGAAAUUAUUCUGAAUAGCCUACUACACCAUGAGAAGGGCUAUAAUUUAGCUUAUUUAUUUAAAUAGCCUAGCUGUGGAUUGUAGCCCAAUAACAACGAAUAGCCUACAGUCGGGAACGCGAGGCAAAUUUGUCAGUGAAAAAACACCACGCAUUUUUAGGACUAUAAUUUCCUCCUCAUAUUGUAGCCUACAAUAUGUGUCGCCACACACCUAGGCUAUUGAUCGAUUCAAGACAAGGUCGUUUUUGUCAGGUCAAAGUACCCUGCCAUUUCUAUCAUUUGUGCAGUAUAAACAAAUAUUCUGCCAAAGUCUCCAGUCAUCUAAAAUUACGUAGAAUUGCAUGAAAUGCGUUUAUGAAAGGCCAACAUUUUCCCGGACCCUAGGCUACUAUACAUUUUCCCCAUGUGUGCAACUUCUGUAAGUGCCUCUAAUCUACUGCUCUAUGCCACUACGCAAAUGUGAUGAUAUGCAUGUAAUACUUUAUAAUAAAGGUGAUUUUUUUUCCCUCAUGCGUUCUGGUACCUCAGAACUCCCCAGGUCACCCCCCUCUAACACUCACUUUUUGUUCCGGCACCUCCCGAUUUACAAAUUAAGCACUGGUCAACAGUACAUGUAAGUGAAUCUGUGUAUUAGUGAGCACAUGUUUUGUGUGUUGGUUGAUUGUUUCAGAUGCUACAGGAGAAGACCAGGUGCUGCUGUGCUGCUAUAAAGGAUUUACUACAACCUGGUUCAGAGGCAGCUGUUCUCACUGAGGUAAGCUAAACACACCACACACUGAUUCAACACCCCCCCGAAGUUCACAUACUUGUGUCGUGGAAAUUACCACUAAGGACUCAAAAGUCCAAGUUAAAUGAACAGAUCUUUGUUAUCAUGGCCGGAGAGGUUAUAACAAACUUAAUGCUCAGAGUAAAAGUCUGUCAGAAGCUCUGAAGGGAUGCUCAUGCACAAACGAGGCGUCUCUGCCUUCAGGGUGCAAUAGGUUGAUCAUGACCUUGCACACACAGUUUCUAGGCGUUGGGCCAAAGUAACAAUGUGUUCCCUUCUUUCUGUUCUUCUGUCAGUCCCUUCCCUGAGAGCAAAGUCACAGAACAUCCUAACACAAUAACAAGAAACAAUACACUACAUGUAGUCACGCAUUUGCAGAGACAUAGAAAACACUAGAAAUGUCCACUACACUUGGACAAACCUAAAACGUACAGUACUGUAGAUGCUUACUAUGGCUUGAAUGUGUGAAACAUUUGAUCUUAUGCCUCUUCCAUGGCAUUUAUAUAACCCUUUUACCCUGUUAACUUUGAUAGACAUGCAGAUAUUACUUGUGAAAUGAUUCCCUCUCUCUGUGUGCCAGGUUCCGUUUGAGGCCAGCCUACAUAGUCUGUGUGAUCUGGAGCGCUGCUUCAACCCAGCCAGUGGAGCCAUUGUGGAGGAAAACACACUGAUAACAUGGCUCAUGUCCCUGCUAGUCUGA